GUAGUUCCUCGCAAUUCACCGAAUUUCAACGUCACAUUGGAAAAACAUUUCUUAUCAUUUUAUUUGUAAAUCUACUACUAAUUGCGUAUUAUUGGAAAAAAUACGGCAGUAUUAUCACCGAUCGUUUUAUUCGUCCAAGCACUGCUAAGGAAAUCGAAGAACUUAAGCUUUCCGUCGCCCGACUGAAACUUCCAAAAGAACACAGCCCAAGAAUUUAAAAAGCAAUGUCAAACUCAAAUAUAGAGAAAGGCAAAAAUAAAAUUAAAAAUUUUUUUAUCAAACAAAAAUCUAAAUUUGCAGCUGCUGGCCCCGGUCGUAAAUUAAAUUCCGAAGCACCAACACCCAGUUCUUCUCGUUCUAAGUCAUCUGGGUCAUCAUCGAAAGAUGUUUAUAUUCCACCAAAACGAAAAGAAUUGUCUGCUGAAGCCAAGGCAGCUGCAGAUGCAGCGUUAUCACGUGUCAAUAAGGACAAGAAAGAAUUCAACACAUCACUAGCAGCAAUUCAAGCGCAAGUUCGGAGAGAACUCGAAGCAGAACGUAAAGCGAAGGAAUUAGCAGAACAAGGUACUUCAGCAGGAGAUACAACUGCCCCUUCUGAGGAUGAACGAAAGGAUCUGGCAGUGCAAGGCGUAUACUUUAGAUGUCCUUUAAUUAGCGAGGAAGUUUUACCUCGCGUUGAAUGGAAAGUGAAAAUUAAAAAUUUUCUGUACGAACAAUUAGAAAUCGAGAAAGGCCUUUCAGCAUGCUUAAUAAUAUAUAAUUGUAAUCCCAAAGAAAAGGUUGAAACUUGCGUCGAGACAUUGAUAAAGUGCUUAGAAAACAUAAUAAACCAUCCUAACGAAGAGAAAUACAAAAAGAUUCGUAUGACAAAUCGAAUGUUCUGCGAUAAGAUAAAAGUGUGCGAAGGAGCGCUAGAGUUCUUAUAUUCAGCCGGGUUUGCAGAAAUAACAAUCGACGACGAACCCUACUUAAUUUGGUCCGAGGAGAACGUCGAACAAGAAACAACUUUAGAGGGUUUGAUUGAAGCUCUGAAAUGCUCAGAACCAUUCCAUCUGGAACUGGAUCGAAAUAUUCAAGUUUUGCUUCCAUCACAAGUGCGGAAAACAAAUUUACCACCGGAUUUUUUUCGCAUCUCGCUGGAAGAAAUAAAACGAGAGCAGCAACUACGCAGUGAAGCACUGGAGCAAGCGCAAAUCCUCAAAACCAAAGCCAUGCGUGAAAAGGAAGAACUUCGUGUUAUCAACCGCUAUAAAUUUUCACUUAUCAGGAUUCGUUUUCCCAAUGGAGUUUACCUGCAAGGAACUUUCAAUGUGUACGAAAAACUUUCGCAGGUGUUUGAGUUUGUACAAUCUUGUUUAAUGCACGAAGCAUCCGAGUUUUCUCUGGUUUUGCCGACUGGUCAACGCUUCUCAGAAUCUGAUAUGGAUAAAUCGUUAUUUGAUUUGAGAUUGGUACCGAACAUCGUACUCAACUUCAGCUAUGAAAACGAAUCCCGCAUGCUGAAGGAUUUACUAAAGGAAGACUUGAUGCUGCUGAUUCAAUCAUUCUAAAUUCAUCGUAGAGUAGAUUUUUUUGUUUUAUUUUGUGUUUUGUAUUUAUGUUAUUCUAAUUCAAUGGCUUUUUUUUGUUGAUACAUGUAAAAUAGCGAUGUAAAAUUCACGAAAUAUAUAAUGAAUGACAAAA